GAACAAUCCGGGAAGCACUAAAUGCAGCAUAAAUCCUCUGCUACAGCGACAGCGAAUAGGACGUAGGCAGUGAAUUUAAAAAGGAGCCGGUGCCACCCCAUUUUCAGACCAUAACAACUUUCUUGAUUGAGAGCAAAGCAGUCAACGGCGUUUAGCACAGCUGAUCGAGAUACAAUGGCCAACAUAAUCUUUGCAGAGCGGGAAAAUGCAUGUCUUUAUCCACCUACUCUGAAGAUGCGACAGCGGCUUCAGUCUGCUCCAGAGAAACUGUCAUCUCCUAUGACUGCCAAUAACUUACACACUCCUCUUCCAUCUGGUCGUAAGGCUUUUGGUGCGGUCAACAAAAAAAUUGUAACCCCUGCCGUCAACACACAAGAGAAGAAAAUCUUAAAGCCACAGGAAACAAAAGUCAAACAGGCUUCAGACCAAAACUCCAAAGGGGAGGAAUAUCCAGAAAUUGAAAAGUUCAUCCCUUAUGACCCACUAGAGUUUGAAAAGUACAGCAUACCCGAGGAUUUGAUUCCUCUCAGUAGCUACGCUCUGCCUGGACUGGCCUGUUUCCCAAAUGCUCCACAUCUGUGUGAGGAGGACCUGGAAAUGAUUGCUCCACUCCCAAACCUGUCACCUGUAAAGAUGCAAACACGUUCAGGUCAUUGUUCGGAGCUGGAUGCCUUUCUUCAAACACUCGAUGAGCUGACUGUUGAACUUCCACCAGAAUCUUUUACAGACUGAAUGUUGAUGCAUGUUUUUGUUAUGAACCCAUUUUUUAUUGAAAUAAAGGUUGUUUUU